AUGGCCGCUCUCCUGCAGAAGAUCAUCGACCUCGUCACAGUGAAGCCAACGAGACCAUCACCCGAAACACCAGAUUGCCUCGAUGAAAAUGGCCAUGUCACCUUCUUGCCAGACGACCCGGCCAAUUCGAGGCAAUGGUCCUUCCGACUCAAGGCAUAUGUCACUGCGAUCAACAUGUUGAUGGUUUUCAACGCAUCGUUCGCAUCAUCAGCUCCUACAGCGAACAUCGUUGGCGUAUCGCAGCCUUUCGGCGUUUCCAGUGUCGCGGCCAAUCUGGUCACCACUCUCUUAUUGCUUGGAUACUGCGCAGGCCCACUCUUCUGGGCGCCCAUGUCGGAGCUAUACGGCAGGCGCUGGCUCUUCGUCGCUGGCAUGACUGGUAACUUCGCGUUCAUCUUCCUGUGUGCGUUUACCCCGACGUUCGGUGGCCUCCUUGUGGGUCGAUUCCUCUCAGGCGUUUUCGCCAGUGCUGCGCUCACGAUCGCCCCGGGUGUUGCCGCGGACCUGUGGGAUGCACUGCCGCGUGGGAACGUGGUCGCCAUAUUUCUUGUCGUUAUAUUUGCUGGUCCGGCUUGUGCGCCUGUGAGCUCGGGGUUCUUGGAGUUGAAGAAGGAUUGGAGGUGGACUUACUACCAGCUCCUUUGGCUGGCUGCGCUAUCCCUCCUUCUGAUCACGACUUGCCUAGAGACAUGCAUCCCACUUCUGCUUGCACGGAAAGCUCGUCGGAUGCAGAAAUUACCUGGCUACGAGCAUGCCAGGCCACCAUCAUCAAUGGAGAACCUCACACCCCGUCGGGUGUUCCGGAUCGCAUUGACAAGACCAUGGAUCAUGUUGAUCGACCCGCUGUGCUUAUGGACAACGAUAUACAUGUCUUUCAUCUACAUGCUCGAGUACAUGCUAUUCUCAAUCUACCCGGAAAUAUUCCAAAAGAAACGACAUUGGAACUCAGGUGUUGGUGAGCUGCCUUUUCUUGGGAUGGUUCUCGGAAGCUGCGUUGCUGCCACCAUCAUCUUUGUGGAGACUGCGAUCAUGGAGAAGAGGAAGAAGCAUGGGAAGAGUAAAGGAUACAGACCCGAGGGAAGGAUGCGGAUCGGCAUGAUUGGAGCGGUCACUUUCGCUGCUGGUAUCUAUUGGAUCGCCUGGACAGGCGAGUACACCUCAAUUCACUGGAUUGUGCCCACCAUCGCAGGUGUCGUCCUCUCCGCCGCCAUAGUACUCCUCUUCUUCGCAAUCUUCAACUACCUCAUCGAUGCUUACCUCAUGUUCGCAGCGAGCGCUGUGACAGCCAACACCAUCUGUCGCUCAGCCCUAGCAGCGGCGUCGCCACCUUUCACCCCUCAAAUUUUCGAUGCGAUGGGCGUUGGCGGAGCCGGAAGCUUGCUCGCAGGGUGUGCAACUAUCUUGGCACCGAUACCGUUCGUAUUCUAUCGUUAUGGCGAGGCUUUGAGAAUGAAGAGCGAACAUGCAUCGGUGUCGGCUGAGAUGGCCAAGGUGGUGGCAAGAGCUAGUAGAGAUAGUGGGCACGAUGGCGGAGGCGAUGAGAUGGAGCAUGAGAUGGAGGAAGGGAGCGAGGCAGAUGAGGAGAUGAAGGUCGGCAACAUGGGUAGGUAG